AUGUUUGUCUGUUUACAUGCCUUAUUGUUGCUCUCUGUAACUGUUUGUGCAGAGAAUAGCACUCUAAAGUAUGCUACUUCUUUUCUUAAGCGUUUCGGAUAUCUAAAUGCAUCAAGUAAUGCUAUUUCUAGUAUAGAUAUGGCCUUAGUUGAAUUUCAAGAAAGAUACAAUCUUCCGGUGACCGGAACAUUAAAUACUGAUACUAUGAAUAUGAUGAAUAAGCCUCGAUGUUCUGUUGGCGACAAUAACUAUGCAAUUCAUUCGAAGUGGAAUAAAACAACAUUAAGUUGGUAUUUUCCUCAAGCUGUUAGUAAUCCAGUUUAUAUACAUCUUGCUGAAGACGCUUUCGUUAGGUGGGAGAAAAUAUCUAACUUAAAGUUUAAACGAGUAAUAAUACCUUCUUCAAAGCCGGAUAUUACUAUAACUGUGGUGUCAAAUAAUCAUAGUUUUCGAGCAAGUUGUCAAGGAACCUCUAAAUGCCCAUUUAAUUUCGAUGGUCCUGGAAAAGUAUUAGCCCACGCAUACUAUCCCGGCGUAAACGAUUGCAUCGAAAUCCAUCUUGAUGCCAAUGAACGGUGGUAUGCAGGAAAUGGUGCAGCUCCUGAUGGUGAAGCCAAUUUUUUGGCUGUCCUACUGCAUGAAAUUGGUCAUACCCUUGGACUAGAACAUAGUAAUAGCGAUUCGUCUAUUAUGUAUCCUUGGUAUCAACAAGAUGUGACAAGUUUUGGUGAUGAUGAUAAAAAGGCAAUGAGCAGGCUAUAUGGACAAACAGAAGCCCCCACAUCGAUGUCAACAGCCCCAGUUACGCAAACAACACUUUCGAAAAAUAGGAUCUAUUUGCCGACAACACCUGCAAUAAAUAACAUCUGUCUACUUCAGUAUCCCGAUUUCAUGUUUCUAGCUACAUCUCCACAGUUUCCAAAUUAUCGCAUGUACGUUGGGUCUGACAAAUAUUUAUGGAAGUUUGAUUUAAAUGAGAUGCGUCUUCCACAACAUCCAGAAUUAAUUACUGAUUAUCUCCCUAAAGAGUUGAGGUUUACGCAAGUUUCACAUGUUUUUCAGAAUUCCGAGGGACACUUAAUAACUGUAAGCAAUAAUCGGUAUUACGACGCAUCUUUCCCUAAUUUACAACUCCAAAAAAGUUUUAUGUUUCCUUCUAUACCUACGAGAACCAAAAUAAAUGCCUUAUUUCAAACAAACAGCGGUCAAACAUAUUUAUUGUACAAUGAUAAUUCAUACAUUGAAUUUAAUGAAGCUGGAGAUGUCUUAAACCGCGGCCCAAUAAAUGAUCUCUUCCCCGGAAUACCAAAUAAAAUAACAUCAGCAUUCCGGUACACGGAUGGGUUUAUUUACUUUUUUCAAAACAAUACCUAUUAUAAGUACAGCGAAUACACACGUAAAGUUGUAGCAGUAGGAACGUUCAGUUGGGGGCUUUUUGGGAUACCCUGCCCUGAAGACGGUCUAUUAAAACAAUUAAAAACUUUGUUAAACAAAAUUGUAACUAUAUACGAAUAA